AAUUCCAUUUUAUUCACAAGCUAUGGGGAAUCCCUAUACCUUCCUAACCUUUUCCACGUUCAUAUCAGCACUCCCUAUUGUCACGACGUCUGCUCAAACCACAUGCGAUGUUCCAGUGAUCCCCGCCAGCGAUACCUUAUCAACGUCACGCUAUCCCAGAGAAGCAAUCACUCUUGAAUGUAACCCGUCCUCUUAUGAUACCAUAGAAUGGUUCUUUCGGUCUGGAAAUCAAACUGCUCUUGAUCCAUUCCCAUUUAGCUGGUGUCAGAAUCACCCUCAAGGUCCACUCUGUAGACUGAAUAAUAAGAACACUUCUUUGGAUAUCAGCAUGAUCAGCAAGGAGGCCAACGGAGAAUUCCUCUGUGUCGCCUCGUGUAAUAAGACGAAGAGGAAUACUUCAGCAACUAUUAUCCUUUAUGUUCAAGAUUGCUUCGCCAAUGUUCCUGAAUUAAAACCUCCCCAGAAUGUUAGUGUUUGCCUGGAGCAAACAGCGACACUCACAUGCAGAGCUCAUGUAGGAAAAUGUUACAACAAAAAUGAUGACACUUUUUUCGUUUGGACUAUGGAUGGAAAAGGAAAAGGAUUGAAAAACAACCAGAAAUACAAAAUAGAAGAAAAAUUAGAAGGAGACGAUUUGGUGACAACUCUCACAAUCGGUAAUGUCACGGAGAAGGAUAUGACGUCAUAUAAUUGCGUGCUGGUUGACAAUAAAUUUGUUAGUGGUAACGGGAUUUCUACGGUAUUUCUUACUAAGAAAGAGACCAUGACAAAAAUCGUAGACACCAACACUUCUGCUAUUGUUCUGUCUGUCGUGUUGCCGACUGCUGGGAUAUGUAUAAUUUCUGCCCUCUGUUAUAUUUUUUUCUACUGGUGCUUUAGGUACCACUUAUGUAGGGGCAAUAAAGCAGAUCGAGGCACAAAAUAUUUUGACGUCUUAUUGUACAAGGACGAUGAUCAUACAGCGGAGGCGACGAGACUGAGAGACGAGCUGGAACGUUUAAUGUACACAGUGUGUACACCGGAGGAUAGUUACAAAGGUGGAGAGAUGCAGAGCCUACAGGAAUUAAUAGAUUCCAGUUCCAGUGUUAUCUUCUUCUGCAGUUACAACGACAAACUCAUGGAUACAAUCCUAAGCAAAGCACAAGAAAACCUCUCCGUCUUUGUGAUUCGAAAGAGCAAAGAGUCCAAGAAAAUUAGUAGACUACGUAACAAAUCAAUGGCUGGUUUUAAAGAACUUUGCUGGCCUUCACACCGCGAGAGUUCUUUUGUUUGUGUAAGAUGGUGGAAAGAUGAGUUCUAUUACAGGCUUAGAUAUGGACUCCCCAAGCCCAGAUCAGACCAAUACUCACACGAAGAAGAACAAAUCGAAAACAAAAGAGGAAUGCAUACUGAUAUUAACCGCUGGGAAAACGAAAUGAACAAAUUAUAGACUGUACAAGCUAAGCAUGCAAAAGAACAACCGAAU